CUGAAAAGCUUUUGGACAACUCAGCCCAUUUUUGCAAGAGCGCACGUGGGAACAGCCGCUCAUCCAAUCUACCAAAAUCGGACGAGCAAAAACAUCACUGUGGCUCCAGGCCAACCAAUAGGCGUUGUCACCUCCUCUCUUUAAGAAGCCUUGGUAGCGGCUGGGCUGGCCCCGUACGCGCGUUGUCAUCGAAAUAGAGGCCGGCUGAGCGGCGGGUCCUCGCGUUGUUACCAUGGAGACGGAAGCCGGGGACAGAGCUGGAGGACUUCUGCAGCACAGUCAACGGCAGCAGCGUAAAGGUGCAUCGCUGCUCAUCGUUAUCGGCGAAAUAAGCAGCGAGAGGCAGCUGCGGACAGCACGGGAGCACAUCGCCCUCGGAAUUCGUUCAUGGAAAAUAGACCUUUCCGCCUGUGACCUGAAUGAUCAGCUACAUCACUUCAUUACUCGACACUCUGCUCAGUUCUCUUCAGAGGUUAAAGGCCAAAGAACUCUUCACCAUCGAAGUGAUGUCUUAGAAACUGUGGUUCUUGUGAAUCCGUCUGCAGAAAGUGUCAUCUCAGAGGUCCAUUCUCUGUUAACAAGUCCAGCUGGUCAGAAACUCCUAAUUCUCUGUGGAGAAAGCUCUGAGCAGGGAGGGGACCUCCUUCUGCAGAACGGUGCCUUCACAUACCUACAUUUUGCUGAGAUCUUUGAACAUCCUGAGAUUGUUCAGCACUUAAGCAACACUGUCCCAGGACACAAGAUAUUCCUUACAGUUUCCUGCUUUGGAGAAGGAGACUGGAGCAGAAUAGGACAAUAUAGUUUCCAAGAUUUUGACGUUAAACUGAACCCUGAUCCUGUACUUCCAGAAAUGGAUGGGAUCUCGGAGUUCACCGAAUAUGUCUCUGAAACAGUGGAUAUUCCAUCUCCUUUUGACCUUCUGGAACCACCAACAUCUGGUGGUUUUUUAAAACUUUCUAAACCAUGCUGCUAUAUAUUUCCUGGUGGAAGAGGAGACUCUGCUCUUUUUGCAGUUAAUGGAUUUAACAUUCUAGUUGAUGGUGGCUCAGACAGGAAGUCAUGCUUUUGGAAACUUGUACGGCAUUUGGAUAGGAUUGACUCCAUCCUCCUUACCCACAUAGGAGCUGACAAUCUACCUGGCAUAAAUGGCUUGCUUCAACGAAAAUUAGCUGAACAAGAUGAAGAACAGUCCCAGAGUUCAACCAGUUACAGUGACUGGAUGAAGAACUUGAUUUCUCCAGAGCUUGGAGUUGUUUUCUUUAAUGUCCCAGAGAAGCUGAAGAUGCCUGAAUCUAACAUGAAAGUGAAGAAAAGUAUUGAAGAAGCUUGUUUAGCACUUCACUAUUUAAAUAAGCUAAACGUCAAGUCAGAACCACUCUACAGGGUGGUCAGUAACACUAUUGAACCACUUACGUUAUUUCACAAGAUGGGUGUCGGUAGGUUGGACAUGUAUGUUCUCAAUCCAGUCAAGGACAGCAAGGAAAUGCAGUUUUUGAUGCAGAAAUGGGCUGGAAACAGCAAAGCAAAAACUGGCAUAAUUUUGCCCAAUGGAAAAGAAGCUGAAAUUUCUGUUCCUUAUUUGACAUCUAUUACAGCUUUAGUGGUAUGGCUUCCUGCUAGCCCAACAGAAAAGAUUGUGCGGGUUUUAUUUCCUGGAAAUGCUCCACAGAAUAAAAUUUUAGAAGGACUUGAAAAGCUAAAACAUUUAGACUUUCUUAGAUAUCCAGUGGCUACACAGAAAGACAUUGCCGCAGGUGUUCCACCACCAGUUUUGAAACAGACAAAAAUAAGACAGAGAACUGACAGUAAAGAAAGCCUGAAAUCAUCUCCAAAGCCCCAGAUGACUAAACCAGUAAAAAAGGAAGAAGCACAUGAAGAGAUUAGUAAGGAAGUUAAAUUAGAACCAAUCAAGGAUAAACUUGAAAAGAAAGAAGAAAAGAAAGUGAAAGAACCUAUAGAAAAAAUAGCAGAAAAAACUGUAAAAACAGAAAAACCCAAACAAGAAGCAGAAGUUAUAAAAGUGGAAAAGAAAAAAACAUUGAAAGAGAAAAUGAUUAAAAAGCCUACAAAAGAGAAAGUUUUUAAAAUGGAAGAGAAAAAAGAAAAGAAAGAAAUUAAAAAGGAAAAGAAAGACAUCAAGAAAGAAGAAAUAAAAAAGGAAGAGAAAAAAGAGUCCAAAAAGGAAGAAAAGAAGAAAGAAUUUAAACCAGAUGUAAAGAAAAUUUCUAAGUCUGAUUUAAAACCAUUCACACCAGAAGUAAGAAAAACACUCCACAAGGCAAAGGUACCAAGCAAAGUAAAAACAGCAAAGCAUAAACCUGAAAAAGAAAUUCAGCCAGAAAUGAAACAACCAGUGGAAGUUGAACUGGAACGCACUCAGACUGCUGCAGAACAAAUUGAUGUGGCAGAUAACAGAUCCAUUGUAUCAUCUCCUGAGGAUCUUACUAAAGACUUUGAAGAAUUAAAGGAAGAGAAAGAAACAACAACAGAACAUCCACAGGAAGUUGCUUUCCCAAAUGAAAUUGAGAAGCCUGAAGCCAUUGAAAAAGAGCCUGUUGAAGGGAUAGUUGUACAAAGCACCCUAGAAAGAGAUGUAAUAAGUCAAGUGAUUUCAGACUCUGAUAUUCCUGUUGUAUCUCGUAUUGAAGGAGUCCCUGGCACAAAUGUUUCUGAACAACAAGUACUUUGCAUGAUGAAAACAGAUGAGUUUAAUGAGAACUUUGAAAAAGAAGUCACUACUAUGGAAGAACAUUAUGACUUAAAGAAGAGAGAAAAACAAGGUGCACAAGAGGAAGUUGAUGAAACUGUGAAAGAGGAGCCCAGAGAGGUAGCUCAGGAGGAGAUGCAUCCUGCCCAUCAUGUAGCAGAACAUGAAGACAUAGAGUAUGGCAUACAGCAAGGUGAAAAACUGCAUGAUCAGCUGGAAUCUGAACAGACGGAUAAAAAGUAUGAGGAAGAGGAAAUGGAGAAGUGUGAAAGGUACAUUGAGGAAAUGGAAAGAGGAGAGGAAGUAGAAACAAGAGAAGAGGUAAUAGAGAAGGCAGAAGUGGAAGAAACUGAAGAGCAAUAUACAAAGGAUAAAGAACAAGUGGAGAAAGAAAAAAAUGAUGAAAAGAACUUAGAAGUGUGUGAAAGACACAGGAUAGAGAUUGAAGAAGUUGUUUGUAAACCCAAGGAAGAAAAAGAGGAAUUACCUAUUCAACUUCAUGAGAGUGAAGUUGUUGCAAUGAGGGAGGAACAACAUAUGACACAGGAUGCUACUACAGCAGAACACAUUUCAUAUAUACAGGAUGAAACUAUUCCUGGCUAUUCUGAGACUGAACAGACUAUAUCUGAUGAAGAAAUACAUGAGGAGCAGGAAGAAAGAAUUCCUCAUCUCAGAUAUGAUGUUGGUGCAUAUGAUAUCUCAGUGCCAGAUCAUACUGAAUCAUUUGAUGCUAUUCAUGGCAUGAAGGAAAUUAAGGCUGAAAUGGCUUUGAAGAGUAGUGUAGGCCAGGAGCCUGGAAUUGUCAUUUACUCUACAAAUAUUGUUGCUGCACCACUGGCAGAAGAGGAGCAUAUUUCAUCUGCAACAUCCAUUACUGAGUGUGACAAACUUUCAUCUUUUGCAACUUCUGUAGCAGAAGACCAGUCAGUAGCAUCUGUCACAGCCCCACAGACUGAAGAAACAGGCAGAAGCUCUUUAAUACUAGAUACUGUGAAUAGCUUGGCUUCAUCCCGAACUGAGAUAACUCAAGGUAGGGACUAUCUUCCUUCAGCGGGCACAAUAUCACCAACAUCUUCAUUAGAAGAAGAUAAAUGUUUUAAGUCUCCCCCAUGUGAUGACUUCCAGUUGAUGGCAGAGGGUGAAAGCAAAGCUGAGACCAAGAAGGACCAGCAUGUGGAGGAAGAGGAGGAGGAAGAAGACGAGGAGGAAGAAGAUCAGACACCAAAUGUUGAGAUGCCUCAGAAGUUUGUAGGAUCUGGAGGUAUUUUACUUUUCCCAGAACAAGAAGCUCAUUCUGAUCAGACGUCUCAGGAAAUAUUUAAAAACAAGGAGGAGGAUAGCAUUUUACGACUACCUACAGAAGAAGUUAAGUUGUGUAUGUUAGAGCCAAAUUUUAUAGAAGAGAAAGAGAGAUGUUUAAGCCCAGAUGACAGCACAGUUAAACUAGAAUCGUCUACACAUUCAGGUACCACUAGUGCUGGGCAUACACCUUUUCAUCAGUCACCUGCAGAUGAAAAACCUAAACUAGAUCUAACUGGGGAAGUUGAAAAAUCAGUAGUAGCAGUGGAGGACAUGUUAGAAUCACAAGAUAUAAAUCUUGAAGUGCAGUCAUUAUCUAUUACUAAACAAGAACCAGUUUUGGAAUCUGAACUAUAUGAAAAAUCUGAGCUACUCGAAAGAAAACCAUUUUCUUCUUUUGAUGAAAUACCUUGCAAAGUUGAUUCUGUGAAAGAACCAGUUACAAGAGAUGCACCAAAGGAGACAGAAUCAGUAAUGGAUACAAAAGAACCAGUUUUGAGAGAUUUACCCAAGGAGUCAGAACCACUGAUAGAUACAAAAGAAAUCAUUUUGAGAGAUUUACCCAAGGAGACAGAAUCAGUGAUAGAUACAAAAGAACCAGUUUUGAGAGAUUUACCCAAGGAGACACAGCCAGUGAUAGAUGCAAAAGAACUCAUUUUGAGAGAUUUACCCAAGGAAACAGCAUCAGUAGUGGAUACUAAAGAACCAGUUUUAAGAGAUUUACCCAAGGGGACAGAAUCAGUAAUGGAUACUAAAGAACCAGUUUUGAGAGAUUUGCCCAAGGAGACAGAAUCAGUAAUGGAUACUAAAGAAUCAGUUUUAAGAGAUUUACCCAAGGAGACAGAGUCAGCAAUGGAUACUAAAGAACCAGUUUUGAAAGAUUUACCCAAGGAAACAGAAUCAGUAAUGGAUACUAAAGAACCAGUUUUGAGAGAUUUACCCAAAGAGACAGAAUCAGUAAUGGAUACUAAAGAACCAGUUUUGAAAGAUUUACCCAAGGAAACAGAAUCAGUAAUGGAUACUGAAGAGCCAGUUUUGAAAGAUUUACCCAAGGAAACAGAAUCAGUAAUGGAUACUAAAGAGCCAGUUUUGAGAGGUUUACCAAAGGAGACAGAAUCAGUAAUGGAUACUAAAGAAACAGUUUUCAGAGAUGUACUCAAGGAAAUGGAUUUAGUAAUGGAUACUAAAGAACCAGUUUUCAGAGAUGCACCUAAGGAGACAGAAUCAGUAAUGGAUGCUAACUAUGUUAAGGAGGGAUUUGUCCAUGACCAUGAAACAGAAAUUGCUUACACAGAUCUUACAUACACCAAAGCUGAGUUUGUACCAGAUACUGGCAAGGAUCAUUCUCCUACUUGUCAAGUUGAUGAUGUAGUUCUGAUAAAAGAACCAGCAUCACUUAACAAGGAAGAUUUGAUUCUGGAAAAAGAGUCUUUUAUUGAGGAGGAAGUAACACUGAGUAAAGAUCUCUGUCAACAGGAAACAAAGGCCACUUCUCAGGAGGUACAGCUCAUGAAAGGAGUAAUGACAGCAGGUGAAAGUGACUUCUAUUCCGAAGAACAUAAAACACAAAAGGAGCAUCUUUUCUCUGAAAUGGAUAAAGACAUUUGUGAAAAAGAACUACCAGAGAAGAAAUUAAGGUUUUCUGAAGAUGAAAAAGAGAAAGAAAUUAAAGAAGGAAGACGUAAAUAUAUAGAAGAGCGUGAGGGGGGUUUCUUAGAUGAAGAAUCCUUUCAUGAGGACACAACUAUGCUUUCCAGAAAAGAAGGUGAUCUGCAUAGUGAAACUGAUGUUCCUAAGGAAAUUGCUGUAGAGAAAGAAAAGUGUGCUUCAAAGACUGAAUUUAUCAUCUUUCAAGAAAAAUUGAUGAAUGAAGAAAAAAUGCCCAGUGAAUGGUAUACUGAGGAAGUAGCACUACCCAAAGAAGAGACCAUUUGCACUAAACUAAAGACAGAAAUAGAAGAAAAAAUCUCAUUGAUAACUGCUGAAGAAUUACCGUGGGAAGCAAGUAAGGGCUCAGAGUUUCCUUGUAGUACAGAAGUUCAUGACAGCUCUGCUGUAAUGCUUGAAGCAGCCAGUUCUUUAUUUCCAUCAUUUGUAGAUAAAGUUGACUCUUUGGAGCAUAAGCAGGAAGAUGACCUAAUAAAAGAAAAUGCAAAAAAUGCAUCUUUAAAGGUGCCACCCCACCCUCAGUCAGAUGAAAUCUCACAAUUAGAGCAUGAGAUUGACAUGCGCCCUAAAUUGGCAUCACGUUUUGAGGACAGUAAGUCUGAAGUACAUGAGGUACAGGAUACAUUGGCAGUGAAAGGUGAGACAGAUAUUUCAGAAUUCAUUUCAGAUUUGGAUUACCCUAAAAGUGCACCAGGAAAAACAGAGAUAUCCACUGCUUCAAGUCUAAAAGGUCCAUCAUCUGCAGAAGAAAUGUCUUUUGUAAAUAUUAAAUCAGAUACUGAUUUAACAAUGGAUAGUAUAAAGAAUGUAUCUUCUGAGGUUCCCUCCAGCUAUAAGGGCUCCCUAGAGAAGCAUGAAUUGGACACAAUAUCUAAGAUGAUGCCUGAUUCAGUUAUAGAAAGCAAAGGCAUUGAAUCUAAAUUAUUAGAUGAUCACGUAAAAGAAAUACUUACAGCACUGCCUGCUAGUGUGCCCUCUCACGAAAUUUCUUUACCAAAGUUUGAAACCGAGACUCCUGUAAUGCAGACUUUACCUUUUUCAGAUGAAGGAAAGUAUAUAGACUCUGAACCAAUAAGUGACCGAGAAGAAGAAAGUACAGCAUAUACACAUUCAGAUGAUGUGCCUAGUUCUGAUUUUCAUGACAUCUCUCCUGAAAGGAUUGAAGACAUACAUCCUAAGUUAAGUUCAUCUGCAGCUGGCGUCAGUAAAUCUGAGGAUCCAAAGGAAGUGGACAGCCUAAUUAAAGAAACUGGUGAAGAUCUUCAUUUGAAGCGCUAUUCUGACCAGUUGCCUGAAAGGCGUCAUACUGGUUUUGACUCCCAGUCUAUUGAACCAUCUUGUGUGGAAGUCGGGGAGUCUGAGGAAUUUAAACAGCCAGUGCACUUUAUUACAGAACUUGAGAAACUGAGUUCAAAGUCUGAACUUGUGUAUGACACUGAAAGUUCUGCUGAUUAUGCCCACCGUAUAGAUAAUGAAGGCCUGCCUGCAUCAUCAGCAGUUUGCAAAUAUUCUGAUUUAGUAUAUUCAAAGGAAAUUGUUGAAGAAAAAGACAAGAAGACACCUCCCUCACAAGCAGAAGUAUUGGCAAUGGAACCUUUAUCAGCUGAAUCUAAAUAUUUACCUGAAGAGAAACUAUUCAAAGAGGAUAUUGAUCUUUGUGCUGUAAAAGAAGUUAUGUCCAGUAGGUCACCUUCUGAUUUGUCUUGCUCUGAAAGUGAGCACGUAUCUGUGAAAAGCAGUCUUGAGUAUGCUGAGGUACCAGCAGAUGACUUCACCACAAAAUCAAAUGAAUAUAUGUAUCCCACUGAUGCAAAACAGAAAUCCAUGGCAGAAUCAGAAGAAUCCAAGUACUCAUUCAAGAAAGUAGAGUAUCAGCCAAUGAUCUACAAGAUACUAGAGCCAAGCCCUUUAGACCUGUAUAGCCAUAGUAAAGAAACACAUCACUUAACUGAUGAAGGAAGACAGACUGAAUUUGAACAUGAAGAAAGAGAGCCCACCCCUUAUCCAGAUGAUAAAACAUUUAACUAUGCAGAGAUAUAUGGUCGGGGGCCUACUUUAACCAGCUCUCUUCAGUCCUUACCAAUGAAGGAAAAAGACUCCUGGAAAUUAGAUAGCCCUGAAGAAGAUAAACUGGACCGUGAUUUUCAAGGAACAGAGAAGCAAUUGCAGAAGGAAAGAAUAACUUAUACAGAUCUAGAGCAAAUGGAAUCCAAAUACCAUUCCCCAACAAAAGAAGAAAAAUCAACCCUUGAGACUAUCACUGAGAAAGAACUGUCAUCUCCUUGUUUCCCUGAGAGUAAGGCCGAGUCUGCAGUAUUUGAAUACACUAGUAUUCAUGGCAAGCAUUCUGCUGUUGGAGAAGAUGGACUGCUACAUACUUCUGUAGAGCAUGCAGUAACAGAGAGCACUCUUAAAGAGAAAGACACCUACAUUACUGAUAGUUCACAAUCACUUGGCCAUGUUUUACCGAAACAUGACAAAGAUUCUACAUUUUUCACCCACCCCAGAGACGAAAGUAGCCCAUUGAGCCCAAUUUUAUACUCUGAGGUAUGCUCAGAUGAUAACAUGGUUUCAUUGAAGCAGGAUUGCACAUCUGUAAUGUCAAAGGGACCAGACACAAACAUCUGGAUUUAUGAUGAAAAAACAGAGCUACAAGAGAAAAUUCCAUUUGACACAGAGUUAGAAAAGGGUGCUACCGAAAAGUCAGAAAAAGAAACCAAAUACGAAGCUUGUUCAGUAGAGAAAGAUCCAUUUACUGCACAUGAACUGUAUGCACAGAUGUCUCCAAAUGAUUCAAUUUCAACACCUUCCCCAGUUUAUGAGGCUUUUGAUCAGAAAGAUGAGCCACUGAAUUAUUCCAAAACCACAGCAUCAUUUAUCCCAAUGACAGAUGUGGAAAAAGUGUGUGACAUAGUUAUGAAAUCAAGUACUAUCACUACUGACUAUGCUGAAGUUAAAGAGAAUGACAGAGAUGAGAUAAUUGGUAGUCAAGAUAAAGAGGACUUUUUCACAAAAUGCAUCACUGGAGUCAAAUCAGAGGCAGGUAUGUCACACAGACUUGAAGAUAAGCAUUCAGAAAAAGAAACAGAGGUAACAGGAAAAGAGUAUAAUGUUCAGAAGGAUUAUGAACAUUUCUCUGGCAUCAAAGAUGAAAAGGAGGAAGCCUUAGAUCACCUUAGAGUUGAAAAAUGUGACCCUUCUUAUUUAAUUCAUUCUACCACUGAAGAGCACAUUGAAGGAAUGAAGCAUGUGCCUGUUGCUCAGCCAGACGCAUCUUAUUCUGCAGCCAUAUUUGAGUAUUCAUCAUUCACAGAGCAGCGGGAUUUUGCUCCAGAUGCAGUACCAUUUGCCGACAUUGGUGCCAAGCAUGAAUAUUUAGAGUUUUCGCAAAAGACUCAUUGUGUGGAAUCAUCUCUUACUUGCUUUUCUCCUCUAAGUCCAUUUGAAGAAGAAAAAGUGUUCCCUCCUCCUUCAACAGGAGAAGGAAAAGCUGAGAUGAUCUUACAAAAGGAGCAUCAAGAUGCUUCUGGAGCAGGUAGAUCAGAUGAAGCAUCUUUGCUUGUAGGUCAAACAGUAGCUGAGGGGUUUUAUUCACAGAUGUCCUCAACAUUCACAACAGGAGUGGCAGGCACUGUACUAGAGCCUACAACCAGAAGUCUGUUUGAUGUAUCUCCACUGAUUCCAGCUGAUGCAAAGCCUUACUCCAGUGAAAUAGAUAACUCCUCCUCUUCUGGUGACCAAACAUCCACAUAUCUGUGUGAUAUGGAUGACAAUACAUUACCCUGUAGGGUAGAAUGCCAUAGAAAACCUUGCUCAGAGAGAGAUACUGAAAUGAAAGAGGAAAAAUCUGACACAAAAGAAGAACAGAGGCCUCCUUGUACUAUGGUAGAAAAAGAAGAGCUAUUUUCACUAGAUCGUGUAUCUUCUGUAUCACCUCAUCACGAUAAUCUGGUGGAAUCUACUGCUAAUGGGCCCACAGAAGUAAAUGCAUCUCCAUUAACAAUGCAGACAACACAGUACACAGAUAAAGAGGUAUUUGUUACAGCAGGUGCCAAGGACAGCAGCAUAUCAUCAGAAUGCCAUUUUGCAACACCUGUAGACAGUGCAGAAAAGGAAACAGAAAAACUGUCACGACCACUGUCCCUGUCUGACCAGACACUUCAGCCUUUCUUCCCUGACACUCAGAAGGGAGUUGAUUCAAGUGAUCAUGGUGAUGCUUCUCAUGAGAUAGAUGUCUGUUUAGGUGCCACUGGUGAUUAUGGACAGAAGUUCUCAUCAUGUGAUUAUAAAUAUAGAAAAGGAGAACUCUCACCAUCAUUUAUCAACCCAAGCCCACAUGAACUUUCAGAAGACAGUGACCGCUCUCAGGAUGAAGGCCAGCCUUCUGUAAAAAGAAGGUCUCACUACACCAGUGGUGGACAUGCUCAUCCCACCACUGUUGAGGAAACUCCUCCAACAUCUGUUAGUGAAUCAUUGCCUUCCCAGUCUGAUUCAGAUGUUCCACCAGAAACUGAAGAGUGUCCAUCUAUCACAGCUGAUGCUGCCAUGGACUCUGAUGAAGAGGCAGAUUUCUUGCCAGUAGACAAAGCCUCUGGAAGUUCCCAUCAUGCAGUUUCACGUCUUGCACACGAUCCUCCUCCUGCUCCAAUGCUUGACCCCCGCCCACACCCUCCCCAUCCAGAUGUUUGCAUGGUUGACCCUGAGGUACUGCUUAAUGACCAGCACAUCAGCAAAGCUGAAAAGACAUUGAAAAAGGAUUCAAAGGACAAAACCAAAGGAACAAGAAAGCCCCUGAGCAAACCUAAGUCUGGUUCUCCUGCACGGAAGCUAGACACAAAGGGAAAACGCUCUCCAACACCUGUAAAACAGGUAGUUAAUGCAGCAGAUCGAUCACCAAAGACCUCCUCUGUUAAAAAGAAGGAUAAAGAUUCAGUAGAGAAACAUCCUAAACCUAGAACUCCACAAACGACACCAUCUCGCACAGAGGAGAAAGAUGAAAUUUCAAAAAGUAGUCAAGGUACUCCAGGAAAAGGGCUAGUUAAUGGCUUGAAAAGUAGUACAGGCUCCAGUGGCCAGAAGACCAGUUUUGGAGUGCCUCCUGGGCCACCAGUAUAUGUUGACCUUGCCUACAUACCAAACCACUGCAGUGGGAAAAAUGCAGAUAUGGAGUUUUUCAAGAGAGUCCGAGCGGCAUACUAUGUUGUCAGUGGGAAUGAUCCAGCCAAUGGUGAGCCAAGUAGAGCAGUGUUGGAUGCCCUGUUGGAAGGAAAAGCUCAGUGGGGUGAUAACCUUCAGGUGACACUUAUUCCAACCCAUGAUACAGAAGUGACACGCGAAUGGUACCAGCAAACCCACGAGAAGCAGCAGGAGCUGAACAUCAUGGUGUUGGCAAGCAGCAGCACAGUUGUUAUGCAGGAUGAGUCAUUCCCAGCCUGCAAGAUCGAGUUUUAAAGGCUUCAAAAAAUGUUCGGUGGAUUCUUCACUGAUACCAUCUAAUCCAAACAAGCUAGCCUACAGAUGUCACCUCAUAUAUUCAUGCACACCUUUAGCUGGCAUAGUGUGACAACUCAGUCAAAGAAGGAAACAUUUGAGUAGGUGCUGCCCUAGCGUUACACCUACCAAAACUGGCAGUAUUUGUUCUGCGGGCUGUUGCAUUUUAGGAUGUUACUCUGUAUGUUGCAACAGCAAUCAUUCCAUGCUGACUCAUGUCUCUCUUCUAGUUGCAUUACUGUAAACUAAUAUACUUUCUCACUUUUGAUAAGGACUGCCUGCAAAGGGUGGACAUUUCAUUCUGUUCAUGCUGGGAUCAUGGACUGUAAUGUGCAUGAGCUUGAAUUGGGGAAGGGGAUGAAAUGAUUAUUGAGGAAAAAUGAUGCCUCCCUCUGCUGAACUGAUUAAAAAUGGCUGCUGUUCUGCGUCUCUGUCUUUAUAUACAUGGGAGAGGUAAUAGACUUACAUCAUACCAAACAUGAAAAAAGUAGGAAAGUAAUCAAGGUAUGUACAUUUAAGAUUUUGCAGCAUCGGGUUAAAAUUGUCAACUUAGAAGUAGAUGGCUCUGUUUAGUGAAUACUGGAUUCAUAACUAGCCUUUUGACUUGAAAAGGUUGGAAAUGAGAAAAGGCAUGCAUGGUACAAAGGAUAGGUGAAUUACGGGAAAAGCAGAAGACCUUUUUUGUGCGCUGAACAUAUCCUGAUAUUAACGUUCUAAUACAAGCUUUACAUUCCUAGAAUUGUUAACAGAUUAUUGCAACUCUUGCAAUUCACUGGCUACUAAAUUCCUUAGAUUGCUAUCUUUGCAGUAGCCAACAGUCUGCUGCCUGGCAUCUUAGUUAACAGAAUGUGAAGCUCUGCCCCAUGGCUUUACUAAAGCAAAGUUCCUAGAUACUGGAACUAGCUACAAACCCAGAUUCCCCUAGCAUUCAUGCAUAACUGGUUUUGUAGUAGUCAGGUAUGUUAGUUUGUUCUGAUGUGAUCAGAGAUUCACAAAGCAUUUAAGUUAGUUUGGUUCUUGUUACGUAGGAUACUGUAUUGUGUUCAAGCUUUUCUGCUGCUGCUGAGUUUAUAGAAUCUGCAAGAAAAACUUUGGCGUUUUAAAACUUUAGUCUAGAUCAGGCCUCAGCUUCUAAUAUAGCUUUACAAUCCAAAACUAAAAUAGAUCUUGUAGCAUACAUGUGUUGUAUCACAACUUCCUAUGUAGAGACACCAGCCAACUUAAAAUAAGCAUCAUAACAUACAUGUGAAAUAUUACCUUUUUUCCCACAAUCCUGUGACACCACUUCAGUAGUCAUAGUCAGAAGCAAGGCAAUGAUGUCAUCAGUGCUUCCAAGCAUGUGUCUGCAUACAUUAUUGUUUUCACAAACAGGGCUGACUGUGAUUUAGAGUAAAGCUUCAUUUGAUAUGGUAGCUUAUGCAACUUUGCCACAGAAAUGUGCUCAUUAAUAUAUGGUGAUAUAUUACCUUAAAAUCUAGGAGAAAAAACUUACCGUGAUAAUUAAGAUGUAAAAAUCAUUUUCAAAUAUGAGUGCGGCAGGUCACCCCCCAAAUCAUAUGUGAUACCCCAUUGCUGAGUACUGUAGAAUUAGGUAACCCUUACAGCUCUGGCAAUCAUGUUUGCCAAUGUGUAAGGGAACAGAAUGUCACUUUGUAAAGUGCACCAAGACUGUGUAAUUUGCAAAACUAUAAUAGUUCUAUAUUCCUUAUAAAUCAGAACACUUCUUUGUAACAACAAAAAUACUUUUCUCAAAACUAGAGAUAUGACUCCCUGUUACAAUCCAGAUUAGAAUACGUUUCUAAAGUGAGGCUGUCACUGUGCUCCUGAAAGCAAGAAUCAUGGCUGGGAAUUAAAAAAAAAAAAAAAAAAAAAGAGAGAGAAACAAUUUGCUGACCAGCUUAACAAUAAACUCCAAGCUUCUUGGUCAGUGAUUUACAUCCUGGAUUAGGUCAGGAAAGCAAAGCUGAUUAAAGCUUUUAGGAAUUGCUAAUUAUUCAGUUUAGCAUGGUGCAGUAAGCAAGUAACCCCCCCCCCCCCCCAUCAGUGAUGUGUUGAUUCUAAGACCCAGGCAUAGAAUUUAUCUCAUUUUGAGGAUGCAACUCUGCUACUUCUUGUGUAAUAUCUGUGUAAUAUACAAUAUACCAUCAAUAUUUGUUAUAUGCCAUCAAUAUUUGUUAUAGCUGAGAAGGGCAACUACAGCAUCAGCCCUGAUAUUCUGGAAGUGCCCUAGUUGCACAAAACUGCAAAUAUACUCAAGAAAUCUUCCUGUGUGACUCUGAGCUCCAGGGCUGUCUACCCAGCAGAUUAAAGUUGCUAAAAUUCAUCCAUGAAUCAGACGAUGGGCUGCUGACCAUAAUUAGCUUGUUGGGAGUAGCAUGCUGCUUAGCCUUGGCAGCCAAUCAGUUAGUUGCUAUAUCUUGCACUUUGCUGCAGCUACUACACCUUAUAGCAAAGCACGUUUUUUUCUCAGUUCCAUCCUCCAGGCCUGAUUUCUCAAAGUCAGGCACGGUUCACAGGAAUUCUACUUCCUCCUGUAAAUUAAAGGUCAUUGAAUAAAACAGCUUUCACACAUUCCCAUUCUGCCAGUAAAAUGUAGUUACUGCUGUCAGAAAAAGUUAAAAUAAACAAUGUCAAAGAAUUUCAGAGCCAGGCAGAUAGCUCUGUUGUCAUUCACAUUGUGUAGUAGUGUUCUGUGAUAAUCUUAGCAAUGCAGUAUAUAGUGUGUGGAGGGGGAGGGGGGUCACUCAAAGAAUUGCAAUAGAAUCCUGUCAUUUUUUACACUAUUCAGUUAUGAACUUUGCCAAGCCAUUUUUGCAAUUUAUUCUUCACAUUGUAUACACAGAGUUGGUAUGUUUUUCCCACAUGUUUUUCAUGGAGUGAGUUGUUUUAUCUUUCUCCUGAAGAAAUAUAACUGAGCUAAAUAAAAUCUUGUUUUAGUCUUAAUUUCAUUUUCAGACAAAAUAUGGAAGGUGCCCAUUUUCCCCCUCACAAUUUGGUAAUAUGACUUUUCAUGUUUUUAUUGCAUUACCUGUUUCAGCGCUCUGGCAAAUGCUAUCAGAGAUGGCAAUCACUGUAAAGUCUUAAAAAGAUAAACUCCAGAUUAGGAAUAGGAGGAGGAAACAUCUAUUUGAAAACGUAAGUAUAGAAAAAAUGUUCUUUUCCAGUAUAACUGAGUUUCUUAACUUAAACAAAGGGUACAUGCAGUCACAUAGUAAAUAUCAAAGAUGAUUUUGUUUUGUGCCUAACUGUAAUCUAAUUCCUAUUUGUGCGUAGGAAAGCAUCGCACUCGAUCUCUCCAGGCUGUUUCCCCUGCUUCAGCCAUGUUGCUUCUGUCAGAAAAAUAGUGCAUAUUGUGACAUUUUAAAAACUGGUGUAAACUUUUAAUACCUUUACAUAAAAAUGGGUGGAAAAUGCCAAGCUAUGUUGUUUGGCAGGAUCUUGUCUUCUAAAAUAAGGUUUUGUCCUACUGUGCUGUAAUCCAAGGUAGCACUUUAACACAAUUAAGCUUGCAUCUAAUAUUGCCGACAGCAUUGACAGAAAGCUAUUCUUCAUCAUCAGAGUAUUUAAUUUACCACUUUUCCUAUUUACAUAGGUUUUAUUCAUUUAUCCACCUCCAUUAUACUGUUUUAAAUGCAUACCAUAUUGGCCAAAGAUGUACUACAGCUUUAUUGUAGAUUCUGUAAAGGGAUGUCAUUUUAGAGAGCAGAUUUCUGAAACACAGAACAGCAUAAGUAGACAAGAGAACUGUGGGUGGGAUCUGCAGGUCAUUAGUUGUGGUAAACAACAUAUAUGUGUAGGGAUACAUGAAGAACAAAUUUCAUAUCUGCCUUGGCAAAUCUCUCAUAAUGAAAGUAUUCUGCUACCACAGUUUGGCUCAUAAGUUCAUAUCUAGUUAUUAAGGUUGCAGUCCAGGGAACCAUUGAGGACCCUAGGCCAAUUCGCCAGUUGUCCCCAAGCAAUGUCUGGUUAAAUGAAUUGCUCAAGGUCACACAGUAGGAAAAUAAGGAGUGAAAGAGUCAAAUGCUGUACCACAGGGACUACAGGUCACAGCCUUAACCGCCUGUACCAACUUUAGUUAUGUAUUAGACAAAAAAAGUUGCGGCAUUCGUAAUUAGAAGACAUUACAAAUUUGUGGAAGUUAAGGUAAUUCUAAGGUCCUGCAUUUGUUAUCAUUCUCAAAAUGUAGAUUUAUUUAGGAAUGAGUCAAAAAGAUCUGCAUGCAAACUGCAGUUUAAAAACAAACAAUAACAAAUAAAUAAAUAAAACAGCAGUUUUAGCAUUAACAACUAGCAGCAGAUUUUAUUCUUUGAAUAUGUGUACACCAUAAUAUAUUCAUAUAAUAAAGCUAUAUUGGCAGCUAGCAUUUCACAAUAGAUGCAUGUUAUGCCUCAGACAGUAUAUUCAUCUGUAUUUCUGAUCUUUUAUUAAUGUAUGCUACACAUACUGCAAGGGCAGUAGAUACGUUUAGAUACAGCUGUAAGCUUUUGAUGUAGAUCUGUCUGAAGUGGCAAACAUACAAGUUUAAAGAGAAACAAAAUAGCUUGCUUUUGGUGAAAGACAGUCCAGUGUUUGUAAGAGGCAAACCUUUCUUGCUGUCUGUAGGCAUUGCGUACUGAUUUUGUGUCCUCUGCCUUGGUUUUUUUUUUUUUUGACAAGUUAACGUGGACACACAGAACUUGAUUUUUCUAUAACUUUGUCAUUGAUGGUAACUCAAGUGAGAAAUUAUAACCCCCUAAAAUAUCUUUCUCAUUGUUUUUAUAUAGACAUCGGGCACUAUUACAUAAAAAAACUGACAUCGUCUUCAUAUAUUUAUGAAUUUCUAAACUGCUUGAGCUUUGGUUUGGGAAGCACUAAACUCUCUCUUUGAUCAGUAGGCAGGCCUUACCAUCAUUUUAUCAUGAGGUGUAUCAUCAGAAGCUGAUGAUAAAGAAAGGGGAUCAUGUAGAUGGGGCGGAAUUGUGAGAAACAGAGAAUUGAGCUCUUGUGUUGGUACAAUUGGGCAAAGUGGGAGUGGGAGCUCUGAUUAAUACAGGCAGCUCACUGUGCGUCUCCAUAGUCGAUGAGAUGUACUUCAUGUCACAAUGCAGUUUGUGCAUGCUGACAAAAGUCCAGUUCACUAAACAGUGUAUUAUUUAAAAGAUUUAUUUGCUAAUUUAAUGUUCUAUAUUUAUUUUUCUUUUAAAGAAGCUAAUGCAGUAUUAUAUGUGAAUGUGAGGUAUUUAAUGUUAUUUUUAAUUUAUAAGCUAAACACUAACUGGUAUUUUUUGUAUCAUGCACAUUUAUGUUAGCAGUUCAAAUUUAUUUGCACUUUUUGUCUAAAUGCUGCAUUUUGGAAAAAAAAUGGAAGAAGGUACUUUUCCUAACUCCGGGAAUUCUCCUACAUCUGUUCACUAGAAAAUAUUUUAGUAAAUAUCCUAGUUUUCUUGUUCUGUAUAAAGUAAAUAUAGUUUAAAUGUAUUUGUAUAUUUUAAGGUUGAAAUUUAAUGGUUUUAAAAAACUGAUAUGAACAAAAAAAAAAAUGAAGUGUGGAUAUGUACACUCCACUUAAAAUGUUUAAAGCAUUGGCUUGUAUAGAUUUUUUAAUUGUGUGUUUCAUUCGAAGCAGUGAGACGCAUGAUUGCUGAUUGCCUUCAUUCUUUAUCAAAUCUAACUCUGUGUUGCUUUACUUGAUCUAACUUUUAUGAAACAGCCUCCGAUGACCUUAUACAUCAUGAUACCAUGCCUGUGGUCUGCUGGCUAUUUGCUUGUUUGAUUUCAAACUCAGCACUGAUGACCAUUAAGUUGUUUGUUUUACAUUAAAUCCACAAAAAAGACAGUUCCUAAUUUUGGAUGGAGGUCUGUUUCUUCAGAGGGGUAUUAGAUCAUUAAGUGCACAGAUUUGGAUACUUAUGAAUGUCUUUUAGUGCUUUAACUUAGAAAUAACUGUGACUUAAUAAAAUCCAGGACAGCAUAAGCAAUGUGACCUAAAUGUAAAUUACAUUUUGGACAAGAAGUGAAACAAAUGAUAUUUCAGCUGACAUUUACAAUGAAACAAGAGGAAUGUGAAUCUUUGUGAUGUCCCAUACUGCUUUCUUUCUUUUCUUUCUGUCUUUCCUUUAUAUGCCUGUCUACUUACCUUAUUUCACAGAACUGUUUCUUAGUAUCCAUACUGUAAUCUCCCUUAAUGUCACAGUUGUUUAUAAUCUCUGAACACAGGAGAAGAAAGGAGUUAAUGAAGGCUGGUGUAACUGUCCAAUGUAUGCUUCUUGCCUGGAUGUGUGUUUGCCCCCUAUAGAUGCAAAGAAGUGAUCUUGCUACCCAAACAGAUCUGUAGCACCACUGCAGAGUAAUUGAACAAUUAUAAUUAUGUAUUCUUGUUUGGAAGAGGUGAGAUGGAGGGGGUCCCUCAAAAUGCUAACAGAUAAUUUUGGUAUCACACUAAAAUUCAGGUUUCUAUUAUUCCAGUAAAAAGGAAAAGAAAUCCAUGUUAAGAAAUAAAUACCUUUAAAAUGCAAUACUGCUUUAAAUGCAUCCCUGGCAUCAUGCUAAAAGUCCAUUCAACUUUUAAACAUGAUUAAAAAAGAAAAAAAAAGAAAACCAGCUUUGCUUGUUUCUGCAUGUGGAUAACUAUUAUAAGUUAUACUGCUGUAUGUAAUAGGAUUAAAAAAAUAUUUUAAAAUCUAUAAGAAGUGAACUUGUCUUAAUUGUAUUGAACUACAGCUGUAAUCAUGACUUCUCUCUCAGCUGGAUGUUGUAAAAUGAACACCACUGUGUUUAUUUUCUCUGCUAUAUUAUUAACAUUAUAACUUAGUUCCUUUGACGUUUUUUUCUUUGUGUGCAAUACUCUUUAUUUCUAAUUUCUUAUUUGCUGCAACACCUGUUGUUAAAGGGAAGUCACCUCAAAUACUAAAUAAACUUCAUUAAUUGAGAAUUGGA